AUGGCAUCAAACCUGCCGAUAAAGCUCUCUAGUUCUUUCAAUAGGCCUAUAUCGCCGUCUUCUUCUCAGUCAAAAAAUAAUAGGCCUAAGUCUAUGAUAAUGACUACGUCAAACAUAGGCACUGUCUCUCCCCGCACGCAUAAUCGCCUAUAUUCUUACCAUGAAGGUUAUAAGUCAAAUAAUAGCUCCGAGAUAGAAUUAUACACUGGCUUGAAACCCACAGCUUCCGUCACUAGUACUUUUGCACCGUCUUUUAUCAAUACUGACGAACUGCGACGAGGCUUUGGAUCAGCAGGAAUUAUGAGCGAAGACAAUUUGUAUUCUGGAAAGAGAUAUGUAUGGAUCAAAGACCCAAAACUUGCAUUCGUCAAAGGCUGGAUCGUUGAGGAGUUUGGCGAUAAUGAACUACUUGUUCAAUGUGAGGACGGGAGCCAACGAAGUGUUAGUCAGUACUCAGUUGAAAAUGUAAAUCCUGCAAAAUUUGAUAAGGCAGAUGAUAUGGCGGAACUCACUCAUCUUAACGAAGCGUCUGUCGUUCAUAACCUUCACACGAGAUACCAAGCCGAUUUAAUAUACACUUAUUCAGGACUCUUUUUGGUUGCAGUAAACCCAUAUUGUCCUCUUCCAAUAUACACACAUGAAUAUAUAAAUAUGUACAAAGGCCAAGGAAGAGAAGAAACAAAGCCUCAUAUAUUUGCAAUGGCUGACGAGGCUUUUCGUAAUUUAGUAGAAGAAGGCCAAAAUCAGAGCAUUCUGGUCACCGGAGAAUCUGGCGCUGGAAAAACCGAAAACACAAAGAAAGUAAUACAGUAUCUCGCAGCUGUCGCUUUUUCAGAAUCUCCUGUUAAAAAUAAAGUACAACAACAGACCAAUCUCUCACAACAAAUACUUAGGGCUAAUCCUAUACUGGAGGCUUUCGGCAACGCCCAAACUGUGCGAAACAAUAAUUCAUCAAGAUUUGGGAAAUUUAUUCGCAUUGAAUUCACAAGGAAUGGAUCUAUUGCUGGAGCCUCCAUUGAUUGGUACCUUCUCGAGAAAUCGCGCGUCGUACGGUCAAACGCCCUCGAGCGAAACUACCAUAUAUUUUAUCAACUAUUAAAGGGAGCGGAUACCGAAAUGAGAACUGAUUUACUACUGAACGAAUUGGAUGUUGAAGAUUUUACCUACACGUGUCACGGCCACAAUACGAUUGCUGGUGUCUCGGAUUGGGAAGAAUGGAAUCAUCUUAUUGAAGCUUUUCAUAUUAUGGGAUUCUCCAUUAACGAGCAGCGUUCGAUUUUCAAGACUAUCGCUGCAGUGCUUCACCUAGGAAAUAUUACAGUUGUGCAUGAAAGCCGCUCCGCUGAUCAAGCAAGGCUGGCACCGGAAUCAAAAAUUCAUGUAGAAAACGUGUGCAAGCUUUUAGGAAUAUCCAUGGACCUAUUUGCCCAAGCGCUUUUUCAUCCUCGUGUCAAAGCUGGACGAGAAUGGGUUGAAAAAGUUCAAACUCCUGAACAAGUUCGAUUGUCUAUUGGUGCCUUAGCUAAAGGAAUAUACGAACGUGGAUUUAGCGACCUAGUUAGUCGAAUCAACAAACAUCUCGAUCGCGCCAUCUUAGGGAUGGAUGACUCGCACUUUAUAGGGGUUCUUGACAUUGCUGGUUUCGAAAUUUUUGAAGAAAAUAGUUUUGAACAGCUAUGCAUUAACUAUACUAAUGAAAAACUUCAACAAUUUUUUAACCACCAUAUGUUUGUCUUAGAGCAAGAAGAGUAUGCUAGAGAACAGAUAGAAUGGAAAUUUAUCGACUUUGGACACGAUCUACAGCCUACUAUUGACCUCAUCGAACUAUCUAACCCUAUCGGAAUUUUUUCUUGUCUUGAUGAGGACUGUGUAAUGCCUAAGGCUACUGACAAAUCUUUCACUGAAAAAUUGAACACGCUCUGGGACCGUAAAACCCCGAAGUAUCGCUCCUCUAGGCUCGGUCAAGGCUUUAUGCUCACCCAUUAUGCGGCCGAAGUAGAGUAUUCAACCGAAGGAUGGUUAAAAAAGAAUAAAGAUCCGCUAAAUGACAAUGUGACGCGUCUUUUAGCUAAUUCAAUCGAUCUACAUGUCGCAUCUCUAUUUUCUGACUGUGCGGUCAUGGAUGAUGAGCCAGGGUCAUCAAGAAGCCGCGUCAAGAAAGGACUCUUCAGAACUGUGGCUCAAAGACAUAAAGAACAACUUUCAAACUUAAUGGCUCAACUCCACUCUACACACCCACAUUUUGUGCGAUGCAUUAUCCCUAAUCAUAAAAAGCGCCCAAAACAGUUCAGUGCACCUUUGGUACUCGACCAACUACGAUGUAACGGUGUCCUCGAGGGUAUUAGAAUAGCUCGAACUGGCUUCCCGAAUCGACUCUCAUUUUCAGAGUUUAGACAACGAUAUGAGGUUCUUAGCAGAAACAUGCCUCGAUGUUACUUGGAUGGGCGAUCUGCAGCCAUAAUAAUGCUUGACAAAUUAGGGUUAACCAAAACCGUAUUUCGAGUCGGUUUAUCUAAAGUUUUCUUCAGAGCUGGUGUUUUAGCUGAGCUUGAAGAACAGCGAGACUCACUUAUUCGAAAGAUCAUGACGCAGUUCCAGUCUGUUGCACGAGGGUUUUCCCAAAGGCGUAUAGCGAAUAAACGUCUCUUUCGUGCAGAAGCGACACGAAUAAUCGAACGAAAUUUCCAAAUUUAUCUUGGCCUAUACCACAAUCCUUGGUGGAGACUAUUGUUGAAAAUGAAACCCCUUCUAGGCGCAACACGGACAUCAAGUGAGGUUAAAAAACGAGACGAAAUCAUACAGCAACUCAGUGAGAAGAUGAAACAAAGCUCGAGCGACCGACAACGUAUUGAUGAAGAUCGACGUAACGCAAUAGUGGAGAUGCAAAAGGUUCAGCAGACCCUUGAGAGCGAACGCUCUCUCGCCUUAGACAAAGAAGAAAUAUUUAAAAGGCUGCAAGCUCGGGAAGCUGAGUUGAAUGACAAACUUGCGGGUGCUCUUGAAGAUCAAGAAAAGUUAGAGGAUCAAUUAGAGAGCCUGUUACAGGCAAAAAAGAAAGUUGAAAGCCAAUACGAAAAGUUACGCUCCGAACUUGAACAAGCGGGACAAAUCAUUUCCAAGCUUGAACAUGAAAAAAAGAUACUUUCUGAGAAACUCGCUGAUCUGAGUACCAAAUUUGAAGAGCUUUCGGCUAAUCAGUCGCAGCGUGAGGCAGAUGAUACUGACCUAUUGCAACAGAUCAGCAUUUUACAGACUCAACUCAGUAUGAAGGAUUCCAAGCUCCAAGACCUAGAGAAUAAGGCCCUGAAAUCCAAUCAGGAGCUCGACAUCAAGCUAUGCCAGGCAAAUAAUCACUUAAACAUUGCACAGGCCAGAGAGAACGAACUAUCAAGUGAAAAUAGAAGAAUACAGCAACAGAUAUAUGAUCUUACGAGGACUUCUACGAGCUACGAGGAAUUAGUUCGAGAGAAAGAGAGUGAACUAAUCGUACUACGCUCUGACAACCAGAAAUAUCAGGAAGAGCGUAAAAAGCACGAUGAAGAAAAACAAGCCCUCACGUCCGAAAGGGGUAGCAUUACGGAACGUCUUCGUGAGGCACAAGCAAACAUGUGCUCGCUUGAGUGUCAAAAGGCUCAACUAGAGAAAGAAGUCGAAGAUGCUCGACGACUAUUGGACGCCAAAUUAAGCGAGGAUGCCCAAGCUACUGAAAAUCGUAAAAUGCUGGAGUUCCAAAUCAAAGAUCUCAAAUUACAGUUAUCAGAAGCCCAGAAAGACCUCAGUAAAGAGCGACAGUCACGAGAUGAUGUUCAACUACUCGCUGAACAUAAAUACAGUGAACUAAACGAAAAGUUUGAAGAAACAACUGAAGCAAAAAUUGUUAUUGAAAAGGAACUAUAUUUACAGCAAGAUACCCUACGCCGAGCUUUAGAGGCUAGAUCCCUCGCGGAAAAGGAACGAAAUGAAGCUCGCUCUGAGGUUAAAAAAUUACGUGAAGCAAUGUCUAUUGCUGAAGGGACGAGAAUACAAGCCGAGAUAACUAAUGACAAAAAUGUUGCUCGCAUGACGCAAGAACGUGAGUCAAAUCUAAGAAAUGAACUGGAUAUGGAGCAAACCCGUGUUAAGAACCUUGAAAAUGAAUGUCUAAGUCUCAAAGAUCAAGUGAAAGACCUCGAAAAAACCAUACUUGAAUCAGGAGACUUCGGCAUGAAAGUUGACAAAGAAAAAGAGCGACUUGAACGAGACCUCAACACUGCAAAGAGUCGGCUCUCAGCUUCUGAGAAUGACAACCGUGCUCUUCUGAAUAAAUUACAACAAAAGGGACUGGAGCUGGCUCGAUCAAAUUCCAAAGUCAGCCAGGGAUUUAAAAGUCAAUUGAUCAAUCUGCAGCGGGAAAAAAGUAAGGUGGACGAUCAAAAUGAAAAACUUAGUAAACAGCUAGGAGAAACUCAAAUAGAACUAGCUACUCUUGAGAAGCAGAAGCAAAAGCUCGAACUUAACCUGGAGGACCUGACGCAUGAAGUUGCUCGCGAACAUAAAAUAUCUCGAAAUGCGGAUAAAGCGCUUUCGACUUUGACAACUGAGAUGGCAGAAGCCAAUCGUAAACUAGAAGAUGAACGUCAAUUACACUCUCAAUCUCAGGCAAGGAAUCGUCAGCUACUUUCAAUAAUCGAAAAUAGGGAGAAAGAAAUCCUUCAGUUAAUGAAAUUAAUUGAUCCCGAAGUGACAUAUUCUAUACCACAAGAUGAUUCAAAGGGCGAAAAAAAUUUAUCAAAGACUCCUAACCUUGUUCCUGGUCUCGUUAAAAAUGUUGAAGAAUUGCAUCAGAAUUUAAGAGUACAAGCUGCUGCCCGUGUCAAUGCCGAAUCCCAACUUGCGGAGCUGCGAAAGCGCUUUGAAGAUGAGGUGGAUGAAUCUUUCGAGAAGCAGACAAGAAGAGCUAAACCAGAGGAACCUAACUCUAACCAACCACCUUACAACUAUUCGCCCAGCCGCAACAAGUAUAACGCAAAACCUCCAUCCAAUGUUUCAACCCCUCCCAGAAGAUUUCACAAUACUACCGAGACUCAAGAUUCAAGUCGCUCUGAUCGUACUGCCGAUUUCACAAAUUUGAAUAACCAAAUGGAUCUUAAAGCUGACCUAGAAGAGUUGCGAAACCAACUUCAGCUCACACAAAUGCACAACAGACAUCUUCAAAGCCAUGUAAAUAGAUCUCUACCAGCACCGCAGUCGAUACCAGAUGGUAGUCCUUUGCUCCGAGUCCAAAAACUAGAGCUGGCCAAUUCCCGACUACACGAAAUGCUUGAUGACUCAGCGAGAAAAGUAUCUGUACUGGAAAAAAAUAUACAAACCGGCAAUUUGACACUUCGCGAUGUUCAGACCCAGUCUCAUGAAGAACUUUUUGAGUUGAUAAAUAGUCAGGAAGAGUCACGGCGGUCAAUACUUCAAAUGCACACCAACACUGUGGCAGAGUUAACAAAUUUGAAAAAACAACUUGAGGCCCUGAAACAUACGCGAGCAGCAUUAGAGGUCGACCUUCGUGAUGCUAAAUCUGACCUUGAAGAGACUUCGCUCCAAAGAGAUCAAGAUGCAGCAAGCCGAAGCCAACUACUCAAGGAAUAUGCAGAUCUUCAGAUACAACUAGACGCCGAAUCUUCUAAAUUAGCCGACGUAUCGUCAAGUUUAUCCCUUUACAAAAGUCGAGCAGAUGAAUAUUUUAAUAAGCUUGAGCAGGCUGAAAUAGCCGUUAUGAAAGCUUCAAGAGCUGAGCAAUUUGCUAAGUCUCAAGCAAUUGAAGCUGAGAAUACUUCUGCAGAAAUUAUGGCUGAACGCAAGCAAAUGGAUGCCGUUAUUGAAGACCUACAACGUCAAAACCAAAUAUAUGAAGAAAAGCUAGAAGAUUUAUCCACAGACCUUGAGGCUGCGAUUCAAGCUCGAAAGCGCCUCCAGCAUGAACUUGAAGAUUAUCGGAGUCAAAGGGCCAUGGAGAUUGAAGAUAAAGAAGCUAGUAUGGAACAAACUCGGAAAAAAUACCAGGCCGAAUUUGCUACGCUCACUAACGAACUCGAUAUAGCACGCGAGGAAAAAUUAUUUAAACAGUCAGAAAACACUCGUCUUCGGGAGGAAUUGGAGGAACUUCGAUCUAAAUGGGAUGACGAGGUUUUAAAUAGCUCCACAUGGUCCAAAGAGAAGUCUCGCCUCGAAGCGACUCUGUCUAACCUUUCUGCGUCGCGCGAUGAAGCCAUCAAAGCGCACACCGACGCUCAAGAUAAGAUAGUCAACUUAAUCUCUCAACUCAGAAAUCUCAGAGCUUCGGCUGACGAUAUAACUACCGAAAGGGACAUCUUACAGCGAGAAAAGCGUGCUCUGGAGGCUCGAUUGGAGGAAGCAAAAGCAGGCCUCGACGAUUUAGCGCAGAGUGAAAGCCCUUCUCUGAGAAAUGCAGCCAGCAUGGAUCGUGAGCUUUUAGAAUUAAAGUCACAUCUUGCUCAUCAAGAAGAUGUUGCAGCAGCUGCUGUCGGAAAAAUGAGGCGAGCUGAAGCUUUAGCGUCAGAAAUGCAGAAAGAUCUAGUUGCCCAACGCGAUAUGACUGUACAGCUUAAUACCGAGAAGGCCGCACUCGAAAAAUCUUUAACAGAUGUUCAGGUACGAUUGAUUGAUCUUGAAACAAAAGGAUAUUCUAGUGCUAGUCAAGAUGUUAGAUUCCUCAAUAGUCGAGUACAAGAGCUCGAAAAUCAGCUUGAGGCGCAGGAAAACGAGCGGAACAAAUCACAACGUACUGCUCGGAAUAUCGAUCGCACUGUAAAGGACCUUCAACAACAAAUUGAACGUCGGAACAAAGCCAACAGUCAACUAGAAGAUGAGAUAUCACGGUCUCGCGAUAAAAUUGAAAAGUUGCUAAAAACUGUGAAUGAACUUCAGAGUAGUGAAAGCGAGGUGCAACUAGCUGCAAGACGAGCUGAAAGAGCAUUGACCGAAGAAAAAGAACGUGCACUCAGACUCGAAAGAGAGCUAGAGGGUUGGAAAUCACUAAGAAUGGAAAGAAGAGCUAGCAUCAGAAGGGAAAGUGCCCGAUGGAGCAUGGGAAACUCAGCCGACGAAAAUGGGAUAGAAAUCCCUACAAGAAAGAGUAGUAUUUCCAGAAAGACGAGUAUGAGUAAAGGAUUUUUAUGA